AUGGCUUCAAGUUAUAACUUGGUGUUUCUUCAUGUGUUAGUCAUGUUUUGUCUAGCAAACAUCACUUUUUCGGAUUUAUCAGAUGAUUUCUAUGAUGAUAUUUGUCCCCAAGCUUUACCAACCAUUAGAAGGGUUGUUGAGGAUGCAUUCAGCCAAGAGAGGCGAAUGGGCGCCUCUUUGCUACGAUUACAUUUUCAUGAUUGUUUCGUUAACGGUUGUGACGCUUCCAUUCUUCUUGAUCAAACGGCUACUAUUGACAGUGAAAAGACUGCUCGUCCUAAUAACAAUUCUGCUAGAGGAUUUGAGGUGAUUGAUAGAAUUAAAUCGGAGGUUGAUAGAGUAUGUGGACGUCCAGUUGUAUCUUGUGCGGACAUCUUGGCUGUUGCAGCUCGUGACUCCGUAGUUGCGUUACAUGGACCAACAUGGGAAGUGGAACUAGGAAGAAGGGAUUCGACUACAGCAAGUAGAACCACUGCUGAUAAUGACAUUCCAACUCCAUUGAUGGACUUACCUGCACUUAUCGACAACUUUAAGAAGCAAGGUUUGGAUGAGGAAGACCUCGUUGCUCUCUCCGGUGCCCACACUCUAGGGUUUGCUCAAUGUUCCACCUUUAGGAAUCGCAUCUACAAUGAGAUUAACAACAUCGACUCCACCUUUGCAAGUCAACGUCAAGCAAAUUGUCCGCGUAGUGGUGGUGAUUCCAAUCUUGCUUCCCUUGAUCCUACAUCUGCUCUUUUCGACUCCAAAUAUUUCACUAACUUGGUGUCCAAGAAAGGGCUAUUGCAUUCUGAUCAAGCAUUGUUUAGUGGAGGAGAGACUGAUGAGCUUGUUAAAACCUAUAGUACUAACCUAAGGACUUUCUCGAAAGAUUUUGCUGAGUCUAUGAUUAAGAUGGGUAAUAUCAAGCCAUUGACUGGAAAUGAAGGCCAGAUUCGUGUCGAUUGCAGGAAAGUGAACUAA